AUAUUUUGUUGAAACUUUUGCCCACUUCACAUACUCUCUCUCUCUCUCUCUCUCUGCGCUUUCGCUCUCUUCAAGUUGGCCUUGAAAGCCCACCCAUUUUUUCUUUUCUUUUUCCUCUUCUCCCCCUCCCUCUCUCUCUCUCUCUCUCUCUCUCUCUAUCUCUUCUCAAGUCACUCUCCCCAGAGAGUUGAGCUUCUCUCUCUUUGUAUGCAAAAUAUAUGAAUAAAAUAACCAAACCGUGGGGUCGUAUAAGAGCGUCUGAGAUCUACUAGUAGGACUAGAUCAGAUGGGGAUUGGCAGAGAAAGGAAAAGCGAGAGCACGCACGCACAGUAGAAGAAGAAGAAGGAUUAGACCUAAUCAAGGCGCAUGAAGAAAGGCGAUUCCAUUUGACAGAGUUUGCCCUGUGGAAGUCAGUUGGGUGUUGAGAUUGUCUUGGUUGGCAUCCGAGUGGAUUUUGUUAAAAGCAUCAGUUUGGUAUCUAAAGACUGCGGCGAGUAUUGGAAAUUUAUUAUCAUCGCAGCUGCACUAAAAGCUAUUUUGUUUGACUCAAGUGAGUUGCAUUAUAGGGCCUGAAAGACUUAAACUCACCUAGGUCAUCAUUGGAUGCUAUAACAUUUUUUUGAUAAGGAAUGCUAUAACCUUUUAUUGAAGUUUUUUGGAUAUGUUGGAUUAGACUUGUGGUUUACUGUGGUUAAGCAUUGUUGAUCCCAGAAAUUGCAAUGUCUCAGUGAUUGAAUUUUGAAGGUUGUACGCUCCCUCUCGCAAACAAGAUUGGAAGCCAUGUGAUUUAUAAGUUUACACUCAACUGGAGGUCCCUUCUGUUGCUCAUAAGUGUUAUUUAAAUAUUUUAGUGGACUGGUACCUCUGUUUUGUUUGAAGUACCGAUGAAUAACAUGGAAUCUGAGAGUUCUACUUCUAACAAGAUUCUGGGUAGUCUCAAUCAGCUACUUCCAGCAGUUGCACCUAUGCUUCUGAUUUCAAUUGGAUAUGUUGACCCUGGAAAGUGGGCAGCGACUAUUGAAGGUGGUGCCCAUUUUGAUUUCGAUUUGGUAGCAUUGAUGCUUGUUUUUAAUCUCUCUGCUAUUUUCUGUCAAUACCUAUCAGCUCGGAUUGGCUUGGUCACCGGAAGAGAUCUUGCUCAGAUUUGCUGGGACGAGUAUGAUAAGUUCACAUGCUUAUUCUUGGGAGUCCAAGCAGAGCUUUCUGUGAUUGCAUUGGACCUUACCAUGAUCUUGGGCCUUGCACAUGGACUUAAUCUUCUUUUUGGCUGGGACUUGUUCUCUUGUGUCUUUUUGACUGCUAUCAGUGCUGUUUUAUUUCCACUUUUUACCAUCCUCCUGGAAAACAGCAAGGCAAAGUUCCUAUGUAUAUGCCUAUCAGGCUUUAUUUUGCUUUCUGUUAUCCUUGGAGUACUCAUCAGUCAAGCAGAAGUCUCACUGUCCAUGAAUUUGACAGUAACAAAGUUAUGUGGGGAGAAUGCAUUUGCAUUGAUGAGUCUUCUUGGGGCAAGCAUCAUGCCUCAUAACUUUUUUCUCCAUUCUUCAAUUGUACAGCAACCUAUGUCAUCGCCAAACAUUUCCAAGGAUGCCUUGUGUCAUAAGCAUUUUGUUGCCAUCUUCAGCAUCUUCAGUUGUAUUUAUCUGGUGAAUUAUGUGCUGAUGGUCUCAGCAGCAAAUGUGUUAGACAGUGAUGUCUUGCUCACUUUUCAGGACGCCAUGUCACUAAUGGAACAGGUUUUUGCAACUCCUCUAGCUCCCGCUGCCUAUCUAUUGGUUCUGUUUUUCUCUAAUCUAAUCACAUCAUUAACCUGGAGUCAAUGUGGGCAAGUAGUUUUGCACGAUUUCUUAAGACUAGACAUUCCUGGUUGGCUUCAUUGUGCCACAAUCAGACUUAUUGCUGUUGUUCCAGCCCUUUACUGUGUUUGGAGUUCAGGAGCUGAAGGGAUCUAUGAAUUGCUUAUAUUCACACAGGUGAUGGUAGCUCUACUGCUUCCAUCUUCUGUGAUCCCCCUGUUCCGUGUUGCUGCAUCAAGACCGAUAAUGGGUGUCUACAAAAUUUCUCAUUUUGUUGAGUUUCUAGCAAUCAUCACAUUUAUUGGGAUGCUAGGAUUGAAGGUUAUGUUUAUCGUAGAAAUGAUAUUGGGGAAUAGUGACUGGGCCGGUAAUUUGAGGUGGAACAUGGGGGGUAGUUUAUCUUUUACUUAUGUAGUUUUUCUUGUCACUGCUUUUGCAUCCCUUUGUUUGAUGCUCUGGCUAUUAGCUACUCCAUUAAAGUCUGCAAAUGCUGCAUUAGAUGCUCAGAUCUCCAACUGGGUUACACCGGAGGCUAUACUUGAUUUGUCCACAGACACAGAGGAAACUGAUUUAACUGAAACUGGAUAUCAUGGAGAGGCUCCUGUUCUGAAGCAAGAACCAUUUUCAGCACAUGGGAAGAGUCAUUCAGAUAUGCCAGUUGCAAAUUUUGAUCUUGGUUUGCCUGAAACUAUUAUGGAGCCUGAUCAAGAGCUUCUUUUGACUAAUGUGGAGGAAAAUUGCUCUAGUACAAUGCUUUCGAGCUCUCCUGUAUUUGCUCUGGAGGAAUCAGCAACCCUGGUAGAGUCAGUCCCAGUUUCAACUUUUUCUGAAGAGUUUUCUGAUAUUAAGUUGCUGGACGAUGGGACUGCCAAAAGUGGAUUAAUGGACCCUCUGGAGAAGACUCUGGGUGUUGAGGGAGAGCUACAAACUGAAAAAGAUGAUGAGGGAGACACCUGGGAGCCCGAAGCAUCUAAAGGGGUUUCUGGGGGCACCCCAUCUUUCACAUCCGAGGGUCCAGGAUCUUUUAGAAGUCUUAGUGGGAAAGGUGAUGAAAGUGGCAGUGGUGCUGGAAGUCUUUCAAGAUUAGCAGGAUUGGGGCGUGCUGCAAGGCGUCAACUAGCGGCAGUUCUUGACGAGUUUUGGGGACAGCUGUAUGAUUUCCAUGGCCAGGCUACUUAUGAAGCAAAGUCUAAGAAACUGGAUGUGUUGCUGAGAGUAGAUUCUAAGUCUGCCUCUUCAUCUCUAAAAGUGGAUACCACUGCAAGGGAGUUUUCUGGAUGCUUCCCAUCUGUGGGAGGCAGGGGAUCUGAUAAUCUAAUUAACUCAAGCUUAUAUGGUUCUCCCAAGCAGCAGAACAUGCAAAGGAGUUUAGAGUCAUCAUAUGGGGUUCAAAGGGGAACUUCCUCAUUGUGGUCCAACCACAUGCAAUUGUUGGAUGCAUAUGUGCAGAAUUCAAGCCGCAAUGUUGACUUUGGUGAGAGACGCUAUUCUAGUGUGCGCAAUAUUCCAUCUUUUGAAAGCUUGGAUAAUCAGCCAGCUACAGUACAUGGUUAUCAGAUUGCAUCCUAUCGAAUGGCUAAAGACAGAAACUCUGAUCACCCGAAUCAUCAGAUGGAGGCGGCAUCCUUGGGUGUUUCAAGCUACAAAGACUCGAUUACAUAUGCAUUGGGGCAAAAGAUGCAAAAUGGAUUAAGCUCUGAUCAGGCUUCUGGUUACCAGAACCUGGCAAUAUCCAGAGAAAGUCCAUUGCAUUCAGAAAGACCAUAUCAUGAUCUUUGUUCUUCUGGACCGGCUGAGAGUGUGGUAAGUUCAGCCAACACGAAGAAGUACCAUAGCUUGCCAGACAUGUCAGGAUUCUCUGUCCCACCUCGGGAUUUGUAUGUACCUGAUAAGAUUACUCAAUGGGACAGUCCCAUUGGAUAUGGAUCUUCUGUUGGUAGAACUGGUUAUCCAAAUUCAGGAUCAAGGGCAGGACCUCCUUUGGCAUUUGAUGAACUCUCUCCAUCAAAAGUUUACAGAGGUGGUUUUACGUCACAGUUGAAUCCUAGUAUCGAUACUGGAUCCCUCUGGUCUAGACAACCUUACGAACAGUUUGGCGUAGCUGACAAAAUUCGUACUGUUGGUAGCGAAGGAUUUGGAAGUAGGCUAGGUUCAAUAACUCAAGAAGCUACUUCUAUUGUGGAUUCUGAGGCCAAACUUCUCCAGGGUUUCAGACAUUGCAUUGUAAAGCUACUGAAAUUGGAAGGAUCUGAUUGGUUGUUUAGCCAAAAUGAUGGGGCUGAUGAGGAUCUAAUAGACCGCGUGGCUGCUAGGGAGAGAUUUUUAUAUGAAGCUGAAACUAGAGAGAUAAAUCGGGUAAUUCAUGGGGGUGAGCCUCAGUAUUUGUCUUCUGAGAGAAAGUCUGGUACUGCAAUGAGGAUUAAUGAGGCGAGUUUCAAUAACUUUUUGAUUUCGUCUGUUCCUCUUUGUGGGGAGGGCUGUGUUUGGAGAUCAGAUUUGAUAGUAAGCUUUGGGGUGUGGUGCAUCCACCGGAUUCUUGACCUAUCACUCAUGGAAAGCCGGCCAGAGCUGUGGGGGAAAUAUACUUAUGUACUCAACCGUCUUCAGGGGAUCAUAGAUCUUGCAUUUACCAAACCUCGAUCUCCAAUGGUCCCGUGCUUCUGCCUUCAAAUCCCUGCGGCAUUCCCACAGAAGACAAUCCCACCUGUUUCAAAUGGAAUGCUGCCCCCUGCUUCAAAACCAGGCAGGGGGAAAUGCACCACUGCAGGGAUGCUCCUAGAUAUGAUCAAGGAUGUAGAGAUUGCAAUUUCUUGCCGAAAGGGCAGAACGGGAACUGCAGCUGGUGAUGUGGCUUUCCCUAAAGGAAAAGAAAAUCUGGCAUCUGUCCUCAAACGCUACAAGCGUCGAUUAUCCAACAAACCUGUUGGUGCUCACGACAGUUCUGGGCCACGAAAGUUCUGACAUCUGCUCCAUAUAGCUCAUAGAUUUUUACCCUUGGUCGGUGGUUCAGUGAUUGUGGGGCUGCUUGAUUUUGGACAGCAGCUCAUGGUCUGGAUCAGUUGUCCUCAGUUGUUUGAGGACUCUCUCUCUCUCUCUCUCUCUCUCUCUCUCUCUCUCUGUGCUGCAAAUUUUAUUCCCAUGUGUGUUAUAUAUACAUAGGAUAAGAAUUGCUGGAUGUGUAAUUGCAGCAGAAUUAAUCAAAAUGGUUAGAAGAAAGGUGGGAAAUUGGUUAUUGCAAUUGUGUUGUUGGCUACUUGUCACUUUCACAAACGAAUUGAAGCCGCAAAUGCUCCAAAACGCCAGUGUUGCCUUUGCUGGUUACCAGUAAAAAUUCUUUCUGGUCCAGUGGCUUCCUUGGCUAAAGGUCAUGAAAAGGGUUAUUGGAACAAAGUCAUUAGUCAUGAUCAAGAACUCAGACUCGGACAUCCCUUGAUAGACGGUUCAUCCACCAGCUAGGGUUCCUGACAAAAGGUAGUGUUGAUUUGAUACAUGUGCUCUUGGUAUCUCUGCAUUUACCAAUUAGUAAGGCACCAAAGAGCUACCAAAGACAUUGCUGCUGUAGGUGCGCAACUGGUGCAAGUUCAUUUGGUGGAGCGAAGAAGGCCUAACAAAUGUUGCUGCAAGCUUUGUUAUUGCUAGUGUCUAGUGGUACAAUCAUGGAAAAUGUGCUUAUAGGUCUAUGCUUAUUCUCUAAAAGAACUAAUCAAUCAAAUCAUGAGGAUGAUGCUCAUUGAUCUCUGCUAUAUGCUAUAAAGAACAAGUCAAUAAAAUAUGGUAUUGAGAGUAA